GUUGCUCGAGCGUGUGACUCAGUCUUGGAUGAGAUUUCAUCCAGAGCGGUAGAACGCGAAUCUUCUGGCCGGCGGUCAUUCGUUCACUGGCGAGUGGAGGUUGGUAAUAGCAUCAGAUGCUUUCACCAUAAGUUCGAAAUUUAAAUGGCUGUGCUCGUUGUUAAAACAUAUGUUUUCCAUCAGUGAAUGAUUUUCCUUUCGUUUCGUGACAAACAGUGCAGUGAUUAAUUCGUCUAGACGAACUGAUUGGCAGGUUGGGAAUCGGCCGUCAUUCCGAAGUCUGAAGACACACCCGUUGGACUCGUUCGUUUCGCUUAUAGGUGCUAUAAAUUUCUGUGCUAGUCUUGUCACCUGGUUAAAAACGUAACUACAAACUGCACAGUGUUAGUACGCGUAGUGGAGGUAAAAAAAAUCCAACCUCACCGGAUUAGAAAUGAAGAGAUCGAAACAAGUCCUGCCGCUACCAUCGUCUUCGUCGCCGCUGCCGACGUUUCUGAUGUUGCUAGCAGUACUGUUGAUGUCUUUGCUAAUGGAUUCCGCCGUUGAAGGGGCGGUUUUCCAGAGUGAAAGCUGCGACUCGGAUGCAUUGGUCUUUUACCGGAUCCGACUGGUGACCGAUUGGAGCAAGGAACGGUUCCCGAAGCACUAUCCCGAGUUCCGGCCACCCCCACAGUGGAGUAUGACAUACGGCCAAUCACACAACGCAUCAUUCCAUCUGUUCCAUUUGAAGGAUCUAGCAUCCGAAUCGGUAAAAAUCUUUGCCGAAAGCGGUCACGCACAUGCCUUGGAGGAAGAGUUGACCGCAAGAAAUGCAGCCAUAUACGAUGAGUUUAAUCUUCACAAAAUCCCCAAAGGACAAGGCUCCAGUGAAUCAACACUAUUCGUUGAUGGUCGUCACCACAAGGUUUCAUUCAUUACCAAAAUUAUUCCAUCGCCGGAUUGGUUCAUCGGUUUGGAUUCCUACAAUUUGUGCUCAGCUGGCAGGUGGGUAAAAAAUGUAACCAUUGAUUUAAACCCUCUCGACGCUGGCACCAGCAAUGGAUUAACCUUCACUUCUCCCAAGUGGCCAACGAAUCCACCGAAUGUCAUCGAAACCAUUACCGCUAGAUACCCGAAACAUCUGGCCAGUAGUUUCUUCUACCCGGAGAUCAAACAUCUUCCCGCCAUUGCUCGAGUAACAUUCACGAAGCUUCGCGAGUAUCGUAACACAAAAAACCUUCCCCGGAAAGUAAAGAAAUUCAAGUCCAGGCAGCGCUCGAAACUGCUGAAGAAACUGGCACAGGCGAACCGGAAGCUGGAAAACGAAACCGACGAACAGAUCGACGAUUGCCGUGUUAGCAGCUGGUCCCACUGGAGUUCGUGCAGUCAGUCCUGUGGGUUGGGAAAAAGAACCCGUACUCGGGUGAUCGUAAGUCCUGCGAAAGAUCAGGGCAAAGAAUGCCCCCAUUUGAUGGACACCCAGUGGUGUGGUUCGGCCAGAGAGUGUACGGUCAGUGAGAACUAUUUCCGGUGGUGAAGAAGUCAGUUUUUUCUAAAGUGGAAGUUGAUUUAAUAAAUUUGUUUGUUUAUUAA